GUUUGAAUAGCUCUCACACUUAUAGUAAAACCGAAUAUCGAGUACAUGAACAAUAGCACUUAAUGAAUCAGCUACACCACACUAUAUUGAUUAUUGAACUCUACAUUUUACGAAAAAAGUGUUGAAUGCAAAACCAAUUGCGAAUACUGCUGCAUCUUGGAUGUGGUCAUAAGAAAGUAUAUAAAAGAUAUCGGCUGAACAAUAUUUUCAUUCGAUGGAAAACGGUUUGUCCAGAAAUAUCAAAUGAUAAUGAAACUACUGUAUCAACAUCUAGUCCUCGAUGGGAUAUUUUACAUUCAGAAUCUGUGUAUAAUCCAACCUUAGUGGAAAAUCCUAAUCUAUGUAAAUCUUUAUGGGAUCGUUUACAACUAUUUAAUCCAGACAAGACACUGGCGACAAAUCAUAGCGAGUCUAUAGUUAGCAUGAUUUUACCACCUCCGAAUAUCACAGGUACACUUCAUGUUGGACAUGCGCUUACAUGUACCAUUCAAGAUGCAAUCGCUCGUUGUUACAGAAUGCAUGGAAAAACAGUUCUAUGGGUUCCUGGUAUGGACCAUGCUGGAAUUGCGACGCAGUCAAUAGUUGAAAGAGAUUUACUAAAACAAUAUUCAUUAAAUUCUAGUCAAUUUCCUAAUAAUCAAUCUAAGUCAUCAGUGUCGAGCUGUCAGUUUCCUUCAAAUCCAAGGUUAUUACUGGGACGGGAAAAUUUUAUUCAACGUAUUUGGGAUUGGAAGAAUCAACAUGCCGAAUUGAUCCGUGAACAAUUGAAUAGUCUUGGUUUAUGCUUGGAUUGGAGUAGAGAGUUUUUUACAUUAAGUCCUAGCCAUUCUGAAUGUGUCACUGAAGCAUUUUUAAGAUUGUACAAUGCAGGAUUGAUUUAUCAGUCGGAAAGUUUUAUAUCUUGGUGUUGUUAUCUUCAAACAGCCAUCUCUGAUAUCGAAGUUGAAUUUCGUGAUAUUUCAGAGUCGACAUUUCUCAAUGUACCAGGUUAUGAAAAGCCAGUUGAAUUUGGUGUAAUGGAUUAUUUUGCCUUUCGUCUGAUAGAUCCACCAAAAUCGUUGUUAUCAGAAUGUAAUCACCCUGGUCCAAGAUUGGACGAAUUAGUUAUAGCGACUACACGUUUAGAAACAAUGCUUGCUAGUAUAGCUCUAGUUGUCCAUCCAGAUGAUAAACGUUAUCAACAUUUAAUUGGGUGUUACGUAGAACAUCCAUUCUAUCCAAAUGAACAUCUUCCGAUAAUUGCUGAUGCACAAUUAGUUCAGCCUGAAAUAGGUACAGGUGUUGUAAAACUCAGCCCAGGUCAUAGUCAAGUUGAUUGGGAAGUAGCUAAACGGCAUCAACUCCCUGUUAAAUAUGUUUUCGAUAAUUCUGGCUGUAUAACAAAUACAGGAACUGAAUUUGAUGGAUUACCCAGAUUCAUAGCACGUCAACGUUUAGUCGAACAACUUACUAAACUUGGUCUAUAUAAACGUCGGGAAAAUAUUGGAGCCAAUGGAUGUCGACCUGCAUUAUUACCAAUUUGUUCCCGUUCUGGGGAUAUUAUUGAACCGAUGAUUAAAAAACAAUGGUUUGUACGUACGAAAGAUUUAGCUGAGGCUGCAGUGAAAGCUGUUCAUUCUAAUCAGCUGGAAUUAUUUCCAGAAAAUCAAAAAUUAAUUUGGUCAGAAUGGUUAAAACCAACGAAUCAUAAAGAUUGGUGUAUAAGUCGCCAGCUUUAUUGGGGUCAUCCUAUUCCAGCUUAUAAAGUUAUUUCGUCCAACUCAAAAUCAACUAAUGAUUCUGAUGAUACGGAUCGGUGGAUUGUAGCUCGUUCAAUAAACGAAGCUGUAAACAUUUUGACUGAUUCUGGACUUCACUCGAAUGAUCAUCGGCUUAUACAAGAUCCGGAUGUUUUAGAUACUUGGUUCAGUUCUGCACUAUUACCAUUUUCAGUAUUUGGUUGGCCAAAUGAUACCAAAGAACGACGUUUCUAUCCUCUGCGUUUAUUAGAAAGUGGACAGGAUAUAUUAUUCUUUUGGAUUGCUCGUAUGGUUAUGCUUGGUAUAUUUCUAACAGGACAAGUUCCAUUUAAAACUGUCAUUUUACAUGGUUUGGUGUGCGAUUCAACUGGUCAAAAAAUGUCUAAAAGUAAAAACAAUUCGGUGAAUCCAUUGAAAAUAAUUCAUGGAAUUGGAAACCUUCCAAAGGAAACUGUUGGAUCAUCAAUUCAAGUAUUAGGUGCAGAUGCUUUAAGAGCCGCAUUAUUAACUCAUCAAUUAUCUCAGUCACAUAUUAAUUUUGAUGAGAAUACUGUAUUGGAAAUGAGGAAAUUUUGUAAUAAGAUGUGGCAAACGGCUCGUUUUGUUUCGAUUCAACUUAAGAAACAAGAUGUAUUUCAAUCAGUUUCAACCAUACAUCAUAAAUCACUUGGUACUCAGUGGAUAGAUUUUGUAGGAGGAUUAAGUAAAGGAAAGCAACUAAGGUUGUUUGAUAUAUGGAUUAUACAUAAAUUAUGUCGAUUAAUUCAUUUAAUCAACUCAUCAUGGACAGAUCCUAAAGACAUUGAUCAUGGAGAGAAUAAGAUUCAAACUGGUAAUAACAAGUUUAAAGUCGAUUUUGAUAAUGAAGGUUUAAAAUGGUCAUUUCAUCAUGGUGUCAAAGGAAUGCAAAAUUGGUGGUUGAAUGAUCUGUGUUCCAUUUACCUAGAAGUAAUUAAAAAUGAAGGUUCUACACCAUCCAACACCAAUUCUUUGCAUAUCUUAUACCUUUGUCUAAUGACCGGCAUUCACAUAUUUCAUCCAAUUAUGCCACAUUUAACUGAAGUUCUCUGGCAUGGUUUAAAUAUGAGGAUUGAACAGAAAGAUGAUUUGUUGUAUAAUCCAGAAAACAGUCUAUUGACGCAACAAUAUCCUAAUUGUAAAUGGUUUGAAUUCUUGUAUCAGAAUGACUAUGAUAUUUCGUUGGAUCGUGUACAAGAAAUAAUGUCUGAGCUAAGUACAGUAGCUUCAAAUGUCAAUUCUUGGCGUCCUUUACUGCGAUCUAUUCAUCAUAAUAAAUCAAAAAAUCCCACGGAAUUAAAGAAAAUGGAAUCCGAUAGUAUUUACUUGAUAAGAAACGCUAGUGAUUCACAUGUUUCAGAAGAUGAAUCUGCUGUUUUGAAAGCGCUCAUAUCUAUUAACUUCAAGUCAGAUAUGAUAGCAAGCAAUAAUUAUGUUUAUAUACCUGUUCAUAAUGAUCAAACUGAUUGGCAUUUAUGUAUAAAUAAGAAUGAAUAUGAUCUUAAUUGGGCUAAAAAUGAAUUACAACUUCGUAUUGAUAAGUUAUGUAAACGUAAAGAGGAGUUGAUAAACAUAGGGAAAAUGAAAAAAAGCAAACAGAAUACACAAGAAACAAAUCAAUUUAAGGUAAUGAAUAUUCGUCUAUGUCUUUGUGUUUUCAAUCAUUGUUUAACCAUUUCAUCAUGAUGUUUUUCAGUUUCUGCGAAGCGAAAGCCAAUCAGUUCCUUCGUAGUAAAAAAACUUCGUCUUCUCAUUGCAUGAUCGAAGAAAAAUUGUAUAGAACGGUAAAAUGAUCAAUUAAAGCAAUAUAAUGGACUUUAAAAAAAUAAAUAUUUUAAAACAGUUAAGCAAUCUAUGACCUUUUUUGUUACCUCUAAUUUUGUAAGGCUCAAUAAUUCAACGUUGUCUUUUAGUUUCGGGAAGAUACUAAGUAGUCUAUAUCCCUUGAUGAAAAUGUCAGUAGAUCCCUCUAGUUAACCUUAUUUGGUUUGAAUUAAGUCAUGGUUUGGUGAUCGCAUUGAAAUAAUAGGAUGUAAAUAAUUUCUACAGAAAUUCUUAAUUUGUUUUAAAGAUUCUGACGUGUUGAAUAAUAUCUUGGAAUAUUUUGUUUAAAGUUAUUUUACUGAAUAGCUGAACAAUUAUUCCGACUCAUGGAAUUAGAUGUUUCAUUUGGUCCUGUGACAUCUAAAGAAAAACUGCAUAAAUAUUAUCUGGAACACUGACCCAGAAUGCUCAGAUAGAAUGAUGUACACCUUAAUUGUUAAGCUACAAGUUUGAUCUAAGUGACCAACAUUAUUAAAAUUAUAAUGUAAUAUAAGUAAUUCUUUCAUUGGUAUCAUUUUAUCUUAUCUUGUUCAUCAGCUAAAACCUGAAGGUUCAUUGAUAUUAGUCAAUUCGUCUUGUAUUAUUAAAUGAAAGACAACGAAAAAUCAUAUGAAAUCGUUGGACAAAUUAGUGACAGUCCAGCUUAGAGAAUUUUAUUUUCAACAGUAUCAUUUUCUAAAAUAAUACCGUAUAAUAGUUUAUAAUAAAGUAGAGGAGUGUUUCAUCAUUAAUUUUUAUUUUAUUUUUUACCGAAAAUUCUUCAUCUAUUAAACAAGACAUUAUAUCCAUCAUUUAAAUUUCAUUUCGAAAGUAUGAUAAAGUAUAAACGUCCGCCAAAACCCCUUCUUGAGGUCUACUACCGAUCGUAAAUGUAUAUGAAAAAGGAAGUAUAGCUUAGGGUCAGCAACUACAUCUGAUUAGAAAGAACUUUACAAUGAAAUCACCACAAAUUGUAUUCAUUUGAAAGUACAAACUAUUUAAAAUUACUAACUUAUGUGUUAUUGAUGUAUCUAAGGUCAAUUUUUAUAUGAUUUAUAAAGUUAAACAUUUAUAGCGGCUUAUAUAUCUUAUUAUAUUACUUAAUUUAUCAACGAAUUCAAUCUAGCGGCUUAAAACAAGAAUAAUUAGUGUUCGGCUUUCUAUUUUUAUGUUAUUGUUUCCCUUUGUUACCUAAUCAAUUUGUUUUAGAAACUGGUCAUUUCAAUUAGAUACUCAUAUAUGUUAAUGUUUGUAUGUGAUUAAAAGUUGAGCAUAUGAAUUAUCAUAUCGAAUUAAUAAUUUAAUUAAUCAAUUUCCAUAUUUCGUUUUUCUGGAAUAUUCUUUUCUAGAUCGAUGUAAUACAGAAAAAAG